AUGAUUGAACCCUACAACAAGCUUGUUAAACUAGCUGCGAGAGCUUUCUAUGACGAUCUUACCAGCAAAGGAGAUAAUCAACCCAAAACGGGAAGGAGUGAUAACAGAGGAAUUGCCGUAGUUGUUCUUGAUGCGCUCACCAGACGACAAUGGGUUAGAGAAGAAGACUUGGCAAAGGACCUCAAAUUGCAUACAAAGCAACUUCGUCGAACUCUGCGGUUCUUUGAAGAAGAAAAGAUUAUCACUCGAGAUCAUAGGAGAGAGACAGCAAAAGGUGCAAAAAUAUAUAGCGCGGCUGUAGCUGCUACAGCUGAUGCUGCAACAGGAAAGGAGGGAGAAGAAAAGGUCAAGCUACACACACACUCUUAUUGUUGUCUAGAUUAUGCACAGAUAUAUGAUGUGGUUAGGUACAGACUGCAUCGCAUGAAGCAUAAGCUGAAAGAUGAAUUGGAGAACAAAAACACUGUUCAGGAAUAUAUAUGUAUAAACUGUGGAAAAAGAUACAAUGCUUUGGAUGCACUGCGGUUGAUAUCUUUUGAAGACGAGGACUUCCAUUGUGAACGUUGUAAUGGAAAACUAGAGGUUGAAAGUGAUAAGUUCGCUGCUCAAGAUGGGGGAGACGGAGGAGAUGGAGAUGAAAAUGCAAGAAGACGACGGCGUGAAAAGUUAAAGGACAUGCUUCAAAAGAUGGAGGUACAACUCAAGCCUUUAAUAGACCAACUCGGCCGGGUAAAAGACUUGCCGGUUCCAGAAUUUGGCACUCUUCAAGCAUGGGAAGCUCGAGCUAGUGCAGCUGGGCGUGCUGCUAAUGGAGAAAAUUCUGGCGAUUCUAAAUCUCAUUUGGGAUAUAAUGGAGCACCAAUGCCAUACAGUGGAGAUACCAAGGUGAUAGUUGACUUCAAUGGUACUGAAGGCAAAGGAGAGGGUGUUAAAUCUGAAACUGACAGUACAUCUUUAAAGGUUUUGCCUCCAUGGAUGAUUACAUCAGGUAUGAAUCUUACGAAGGAACAACGUGGAGAAGUGAAGCAGGAAAUAAAAAUGGAUGGGACUUCAACUUCCACAGCAGCACAAUAUACAGAUGAGAAAAAGUCAACAAUUGUGCAUGAUGAUAAAAAUAUACAGGAUGAGUAUAUUAAGGCCUAUUACGCUGCUUUACUUAAGAAGCAACACGAAAUGGAAGAAGCUGCAAAAAAUCCCCAAGAUGGGAAUGGUGCAGAUGAUCCUUCUAGCAGCACUUCCAAUCGCCAAGUUGGCAUUAAAACAAAGCGCGAGGAAGAUGAUGAUGGUACUGAAUGGGAAGAAGCUCCUGUUAGAGGAAAUGGAGGUUACAAGGUGGAUCUGAAUGUUGAAGCCGUCGCUCCAGCAGAGGACGAGGACGACGAGGAUGAUGUUGACUGGGAGGAAGGUUGA